GCUCGAUUUUCUAUGUACGUGUGCAUUCAUAUUCAACAUUGUCAAUAAACUUUGUACUGAUGUGACAUGAAGCGUUUAUGUAAUAUGACAGUCGCGACAGAUUGAUCAUAUGCAUAUCGUCGUCUUCGCCCAGUUCCAAUAUAUAGUAUUCGGCUUCAUGCUCUCUGCAUUCUUGACUCGGACAUUUUUCGUGUAACCACUUGGUAUAAUAGUAUGGCAGACAAUGUGAGGGAGCGUCGAGCAGUCUUGCAGAACUGUCCUUACGAUUUUACCACCUUCCUUCAUCAGAGAUUCCACCAGCAGGGCGUCCCAUCUGACCUUGAUGAUGCCAUUGAGCUCUAUCAAGCUGCGCUACUCCUCCAUCCAGCCGGUGAUCCUGAUCGACCCGCGGCUCUCAACAACCUUUGCAUGAGCCUUCAAGCUAGAUUCCAACAGCGGGGCUUCCCAUCUGAUCUUGAUGAUGCUAUUGAGCUCUAUCGAGAGGCUGCCCUACUCCUCCAUCCCCCGGAUCCUAAUCGAUCCGUGAUUCUCAACAACCUUGGCGUUAGUCUUCAUUCGAGAUUCGAGCAGCGGAGUGUCCCGCGUGACCUUGAUGAGGCCCUUGAGAGCCAUCUGACUGCACUACUCCUCUUUCCCCCCGAUCACGAUUAUCGACCCGCGUGUCUCAACCAUAUUGCCAUGGGCCUUCGGGACAGAUUCAAGCAGAGGGGUGACCCAUCUGACCUUGAUAAGGCCAUUGCGCUUGAUCAGACUGCACUAUUCUUCCGCCCAUCCGGCCACCUCGAGCGAUCCAUGUCUCUCAACAAUCUUGCCCUCGGCCUUCGAGCCAGAUUCCAUCAGCGAGGCGUCCCGUCUGAUCUUGAUGAAUCCAUUGAGCACAAUCGAGAUGCACUACUCCUCCGUCCAGCCAGUCAUCCUGAUCGAUUUGCGUCUCUCAACAAUCUUGCCCUCAGCCUUCUAGACAGAUUCCAUCAGCGAGGCGUCCCGUCUGACCUUGAUGAAUCCAUUGAGCACAAUCGGGCUGGACUACUACUCUGCCCACCCGGUCACCCUGAUCGAUCCAUGUCUCUCGACAAUCUUGCCUUCACCCUUAGAGACAGAUUCAAGCAGCGGGGUGUCCCGUCUGACCUUGAUGAGGCCAUCAAGCUCCACCGGGAUGCACUACUCCUCCGCCCACCUGGUCACUCUGAUCGACCCGGGUCUCUCGACAACCUUGCCCUCAGCCUUCUAGACAGAUUCCAUCAGCGAGGCGUCCCGUCUGACCUUGAUGAGGCCAUUGAGCACAAUCGGGCUGCACUACUCCUCCGCCCCCUCGGUCAUUCUGACCGGUCUAUGUCUCUCAAUAAUCUUGCUGCAUGCCUUUGGGAGAGAUUCAACGAGGAGGGCGUCCCAUCUGAGCUUGAUGAGGUGAUUGAGCUCCAUCGGGAUGCACUGCUCCUCCGCCGACCCGGUCAUUCUUAUCGAUCCAUGUCUCUCUACAAUCUUGCUACCUGCCUUUGGGAGAGGUUUGAGCAGGAGGGCGUCUCAUCCGACCUGGAUGAAUCUUUUCAGCUGUUUUUGCAGCUCUCCCACCUAUCACACGCAGCAUCUCGGACAGAUCUUAAUGCUGCCAAGUCAUGGGCCGCCCUUGCCCACCAGGUUAACCAUCCCACUGCAUUAGUUGCCUAUGACACUGCAUUGAAAUUCCUAGAUCAGCAAGUUGCUCUCUUGUCGUCUUCUUCGCGUCAUUUCAACAUCAUCGGGGAAGCUAUUUCUUCCCUUGCCACAGAUGCCUUUUCGUGCAGUGUUCGUUAUGGUGCUCUGACGACUGCUGCGGAACUGGUGGAGCAAGGCCGUGCAGUAUUCUGGACCCAGUUGGCGCGCUUCAGCACACCACUUGAUGAACUUUCUGUGUCAGGUGAUACCAGCGCGGCCUUGGCGGAAGAGUUCAGGCGGUUGAGUUUUUGCCUUCGUAACACGUUCGAUCAGUCCACUGAAGACCGGUCUUCACAAAUCCGGCAGCUGACCAUACAAUGGGAUGACGUUGUCUCACGCAUCCGCAUGCUUCCUGACUUUUCCCGUUUUCUCCUGCCUCUCCUGUUCUCCGACCUACAGAAGGCGGCUGAAGAAGGUCCAGCCAUCAUCGUGAAUGCUAGUCAGUACAGCUGCGACGCCUUGAUUAUAUUGAGUGGCCAAGAUCCAGUCCACGUUCCGCUCGAUAUCGCGCAGACCGAGGUCUCCGAAUUGUCCUCCGAGUUUCAGUUCCUUUCGGAACAAUUCGGUUCUUCUGAUCAUCAAUACGAGCUUGUCGGCAUCCUUCGUAAGCUUUGGGAUUGCAUCGUUCUCCCCAUAGUCCAAGCCCUUAUGGAUUCUAAAGUUCACCCUCGCUCCCGUAUCUGGUGGUGCCCCACCGCUGAAUUCGCGCUGCUUCCUCUACACGCAGCAGGACCUUACGAGAAGAACAAAGACAAUUUGUCUCACAUUUUCAUCUCCUCUUACACCCCUACUUUAGCAACACUCAUCCGGGCGAGACAGCGAGUUUCUCGACAUGCGUCUACGCAACAUUUUGUUGCCAUUGGUCAAGGAAAACCGGACACAGGGAAGGAACUGCAAUGUGUCGCUCCUGAGUUAGCGGUCGUAGCUCAGCGUCUCGAACCCGUCGUGUCCUUCACAUCGCUCGAAGACGGCGAUGCAACAGUCCAGGGUGCACUUGAUGCACUAAAUCAUAAUCAGUGGCUCCACCUAUCAUGCCAUGGAAUGCCGAAUCGACAACAACCAUUUGAGUCUUCCUUUGCCAUGCGCGACGGGCCUUUAAUGAUCAAGGACAUCAUCCGAUCUAACUGGCAGAAUCCGGAGUUUGCAUUCUUGUCGGCGUGUCACACUACCGUGGGUGAUGAGAAGAGUCUCGAUGAGUCCAUCCAUCUCGCUGCGGCUAUGCAAUUUUCCGGAUUUCGCAGUGUCAUAGGUUCUAUGUGGUCUGUCAACGACGACGUUGCACUCCAGGUCGCGUCUGCUUUUUACGGCUACCUGGUUGAUGGUUCGGGGCGAUUGGACUGCACACGGGCCGCGGUAGCGUUGCACAAGGCUAUGAAGUCGUUGCGCAAGAAGAUUCCACUGGAACAGCAGAUUGUAUUUGUUCACAUAGGUGUCUAGUUUGAUGGACCGUAUCGUCGUAUUUCCUCCAGUAGUUUGUCUAAUUGCUUUCAUCCCCUCGCUGUCCCCUCGCAUAGUUCAUUGAAUUGUUUUGUUUUUUGCUCAUCACUAGUUUUGUUGUCACUCGGAUUUACUCGUGUAUCAAUUGCGUCUGUACUAGUAGCGUGUUUAAUGUCAAUAAACAUUUGAAUGUCCAUCUGCGUGCAGGCCCAGCUGGAGUGCUAGGGAAUACACCUCCCACCACAUUACUGUGUUUGUCCUCCCCGUUCGUACACCUAGGGAUGUGUCAAUUGGAGAAACUACUUCGGAGAUUCAUCCUCCAUCGAUGGAUCUGCAUCCUUGUUCUGCAG